AUGUCAGCGGGGCAGUGCUUGGCUUACAAGUUCCGCAUGAAACAAGGUAGCAGCCAAGCAGGGCAUAUACAUUGUGACUUCCUUCUGUGUGUAACUUUUCUUAUUUAUUUCAGAAAUGAGGGUUCAUUAACAUCAACUCUAAGAACACUUCUAUUCUUCACAGCUCUAAUGAUCACAUUACCUGUUGGGCUGUAUUUUUCAUCAAAGGCUUAUUUAUUUGAAGGUACCUUAGGAAUGUCCGAGAGAGACAGCUAUUUCUAUGCUGCCAUAGUUGCUGUAGUUACUGUUCAUGUGGUCCUUGCUCUCUUUGUAUACGUAGCGUGGAAUGAAGGUUCUCGACAGUGGCGGGAAGGCAAACAGGACUAG